AGAGUCAUUGGAGACGGACCCCGCGCCGCGGUAUAUGGGAAGCGCUUUAUUCACAUCAUCAUCAAAUGCGCCACUUCGCGCCACCUCGCGGCGUGUGGCUUGGCUUGGAGGGCAAACGGUGAGCUUCUAAGUGAGCAAAAAGAACCUGGCACAAAAGUACUGUAUCAUAGCGGGCAUUUGUAGCAGCACCGCUGAUACAGACACCACACCGAACACGGAACAACACACAAUGAGCGGAAGAGGAGCACCUCGCGGACGGGGUGGUUUCGGUGCAGGCGGUCGUGGUCGUGGAGCCCCGCGCGGUGGAGGCGGUCGCGGAGGAGGUCGCGGUGGAUUCAACAACUUCCAACAGGGUCCCCCGGACUCGGUCGUCGAAAUGGGCGCCUUCAUCCACCCUUGCGAAGGCGAGCUCGUCUGCUCCCGUUUGGACUCCCAGGCCAAAAUCCCUUACUUCAAUGCUCCUAUCUUCCUCGAGAACAAGACACAAAUCGGCAAAGUCGACGAAAUUCUCGGGCCUCUGAACGAAGUCUUCUUCACCGUUAAGCUUCAAGAAGGUGUUCAGGCGAACAGCUUUAAGGGUGGAGACAAGGUCUACAUUGCGCCUGAUAAGCUGCUGCCUCUGGACAGGUUCCUGCCGAAGCCAAAAUCCUUCACAAAAUCUAAGCCAUUGGGACGACAAGGAAUGGUAGAAAAGCGAGGAGGACGUGGGGGUGGCCGAGGAGCACCCCGGGGCGGCCGUGGUGGAUUCGGAGGUGGUCGUGGUGGAGGCGCGCCACGAGGCCGUGGUGGUUUUGGCGGAGGUUUCGGUGGAGGUCGUGGUGGAGGCGCACCAAGGGGCCGUGGUGGAUUCGGCGGUCGUGGCCGUGGACGUGGGCAAUAAUUUAUUUCAAUCGAACGACAAGCCGUCUGGUACUUUUCAUCCAACCUCACAAGAAAACACCGAGGAGAAUGCAAGAAUGCUUCUCUCUUCAUUGAACCCG